CCGACUGUCAAUGAUAUAAAAAGUGAGCCCUUCGACACUGUCAAUCAUCUAACAAUGUAUCUCAAGACCAUUCUUCUUCUCUGUGCGACGGAGUUGCUUUGGGCAGCUCUAGCUGAUUACGACACUCCCAGUGAAGAAGUUGGUAGAAGAGUAGCCAGAUAUGACCCGAAGGCCAAACGAGCGGGUUAUCCCUUCGAGCUGGGAUUCGGCUACUACUUCCAGGGAGAUAUCAUGUUAGAGCCCCCCAGGAAAGGAAGAGUCUCGAUUUCGGAAAGGUAUCAAUCCAGGAUUUGGCCUCGAGGAAGGGUACCUUACCAAAUCAAGGGAAACUUCUCUCAAAGUGAACGGGAAACGAUCAUGGCUGCCAUGGCGAUGUACGCUGAAAAAACUUGCGUUCGUUUUGUGCGAAGGAGCAUUUUCGAUGCUCAGUACAUCAAAAUCGUCAACGAUAAUGCCGGAUGCUAUUCGUAUGUGGGAAGAAGUACAAACAAUCAGUACAAUUUGAUCAAUCUUCAGACGCCGUCAUGUUUGUACGCGGUGGGCACUCCGGUGCACGAAAUGAUGCACGCCAUUGGUUUCUAUCACGAAUUCACUCGGCCAGAUCGCGAUGACUGGAUCACCAUCAACCGCAGUGCUCUUUUGCCCGAAUAUCAAACUGAUGAAUUCUUUAAUGCAAAUUUCGGUAAAUUGGACGCCAACGAGGUUGAUCUCUACAACAUUACUUACAAUUAUGGCAGUGUUAUGCACUACUCCAAGUAUGCAGGAGCUCAAAGUGCUGACUAUCCGGUGAUGGACAACAAGCAACCCUGGGAAGGUGAUUUUGGAAAUGAAGAGGGAUUUUCGCAGCCAGAUAUCGAUCAAGUCAACAUCAGAUAUAAAUGCAGUCAGAGGAAGAACGCUAAAAAACAAAAAUCCAAAAAGAAGCUGAGCAAAUCCAAAGCAACAAUUUAAAAAGAAGAACUAACAUUUUAUCUUACUUGGGCUACUUUGGCUAUUGAACUGCGGGGUAUGGUUUAUGUAUUAAAUAAAAUGAAUUAAAAACGUCAACACAAAACA